AUGCCCUGGACGCCGAGCUCGACGCACUUUUCGGCGUCGGCGACGGUCUGGGACCCCCUUGAGGAUGACGGCGCCCGUCAAAGUGCCGCUGGCGAGCUCGCCGUCCGGGCUGAAGAUCUUCUGCACGCCCACCGGCGCCACGGCGAUGGGGAACGGCAGCUUGCGGCCCACGACCUCGGUCGACAGGUCCGGAAACGCACUCGUCGCGACCAGCCGACUGGGCACGGUGCUCCAUUUCUCGAACGCCGUGCGAUUCUUGCGUGCCGUCUCGCCGGUGCCCGCGUUGCCCAUGAGGUACCCUUUGCUGUCGGCCGACAGACGUUCCGCGGCCAGCGAUUCCCAGUCCAGCAACUUGAACGUGAAGGGCGGUCUUUGGUACUUGAGGCCCUUCUGGUACACGGGUCACCUGGUAGCCCGUAG